CUUCUUCCUCCUCCUCCUCUGUAGAGAGAGAAACUGCCAUUGACUCGGCAUCGCUGGAGAGAGAGAGAGGGAGGGAGGGAGGGAGAGAUGGUGGACGACAUUACGGCGGGCGUGGACGGGGCCGCCGCGAAGCCGGCGGCGGGCGGCGGGGCGCCGGAGAGGGAGAAGCAAAUGCAGGCGAUGGCGGGCGUGGUGGUGGUGGUGGUCGACGGGGGGGAAGGGUGCUCGGCUCCGGCGGCCGCGGCGGCGAAGAAGAAGAAGGCGAGGGAGGGAGUGGUGGUGGAGUGCAGGAUAUGCCAGGAGGAGGACGAAGUCCAGGCCAUGGAGUCUCCUUGUGCCUGCAAUGGCACUCUCAAGUUUGCCCACAGAAAGUGCAUUCAAAGGUGGUGCAACAAAAAAGGUGACAUUAACUGUGAGAUUUGCAACCAGGUUUUUUCUCCAAAUUAUUCUUUGCCACCUGCCACCAUCAGUCCCGAUCUUGUGGCCAUUGAUGUCAGGCGAGCAUGGGGCCCACAUAUCAAUCUCCGUGAUUCUCAUCUUAUAGCGCUAGCUGCUGCUGAAAGGCAAUUUCUGCGAUCUGACUAUGAAGAGUAUGCUGUUGAAAAUAGUAGCAGCAUUGCCUGCCUCCGAACUGUGGCUCUUGUUUUGUUGAUAAUUCUACUUCUACGCCAAGCUCUCAUGAUUACACGAGAAACUGGAAUGGUGCAAGAAUCAUCAAUGUUUUUUGAUUUUCAGGUUUCAGUUCUUCAGUUUGCUGGUUUUCUCUUGCCAUGCUACGUAAUGGCCAGAUCUUGGUACAUACAAAGCCGUAGGAGACAGGUUUAAGGGAACUAUUUGGCAAAAUCAUGGAUAGCUGUUUGUCUAUUUGUGCCUGAAGAGGGUUUGCUGCUUAUGGAUCUGACUUUCCGGAGUACUUGAUGUGGGGAACUGCAUUUCAACUUAAGGUGUAGUUGUAGUCUUUCCAGUCUUACUCUGACCUUGGCCAAAAAUAGAAAAAAAAAACCAUAAAAAUGGAAGGAAAACGACGAGUACGAGUCAAAGAAAUGACAUGGAAAAGGAGAGAAAUUGACUGAUUAAUGUAAUGUGAGGGGAAUAUGAGAGACAAAUUGAUGUAAAUGCGUGUUGAUGGUUUUUCUUUUAUUUCCGUAAGUUCCAAUUGAUCACAAAUCGACCGAUGUGGUUGUUCUGUAUCAGCCUUUCUAUGGCUGGUGAUCUCACUGUGGACCCUGAUAUUUAAGAAUGAAAAAUGUAAAUAACUUCUAUAUUAAUGAAUUGCUUGAGUAGGCAUCUUCGCUUGCUGGAGCUUUAUAAA